GUUAAAAAUUAACUACAAAUAUAGUCAAGUAAUGGACCUAUCUCUUUGUGCCUCCAUGAACUCUUGUUUUAGAAAAAGAGCUCGAGAUCUUAAUCUCCAAAUGUAGCCAAGAAUAGCCAGAAUGUGCAUUUAUAGAUAACUUAGCAGCACUUCAGUUUGUAUAUUCAUGGUCAGUAGGUGACUGCUGCUCCUUGGUAGUCACCAGUGAAACCUGCCAGUGGCUUUGGGCUGUAUGACAUGGUGGGAAAUGCAUGGGAGUGGACGGCAGACUGGUGGAAUGUGCAUCACACUACAGAAGACAAGUACAACCCUAAAGGACCAGAAACAGGGACAGACAGAGUCAAAAAAGGAGGAUCCUACAUGUGCCACAAGUCUUACUGCUACAGAUACAGGUGUGCAGCCCAUAGUCAAAAUACUCCGGACAGUUCUGCCUCUAAUCUGGGCUUCCGCUGCGCCGCUGACACUGAUCCAUAACCUCAAACCUCAGAUCUAUCACUU